AUGGCUGCGGCUCUUCUUGCCUCGGUCCCAGUACUGGAUAUGCGAGCGGUGGGGCCUGUUCUCAGUGCAUGUGCUCGCUGUCUUCGCUGGCAGAUGGCGCUUUCCCUGCUUCUGGGCCUGCCGCUUGAGGUGGCACCGGGACCAAUCGCCUACAACUCAGUCGCGAGUGCCUGCGAACGUGCUAGCGAGUGGCAGCACGCCCUGGCAUUGAUCCAAGCAAUGGCGGCAAACGGGCUGGAGAUGGACGCCUUCUCCUUCUGCGCGGGGAUUUGUGCGUGCUCCAAAGGCCAGCAAUGGCCGGAGGUGUUUCAUUUGCUGCGGCGCAUGGCGGACACUUCUGUGGCGACGUCUCCGGUGCUUUGCGGCGCGGCGGUGAACGCCUGCGCCAAGGCCGCCAGGUGGGAUGGCGCCUUGUACCUCUUGGCGGAGAUGGUGAAACAGUCCGUGGAGCGCAGCACCGUGGCCUUCAGCGCGGCCAUCAGCGCCUGCGAAAGAAGCGGGCUUUGGGCUGUGGCCCUGGGCCUGGUGUCGGAGAUGCGGCAAACGCAGGUGCCGCUGGACACCAUCGCGUGCAGCAGCGCCAUCAGCGCGUGUGAGAAGGCGCAGGAGUGGAGCUUCGCGCUGGCCACCCUGGCGCAGAUGCAGUGCUGGGACAUUGAGGUGGAUGCUGUGAGCUUAAGUGCCGCCAUCAGCGCCUGCGAGAAAUCUGCCAAGUGGGACAUUGCCCUGCACUUGCUUGGGCUUUGGCCAGUCUUGGGCCUGCAGACCAGCAACGUGGCCUUCGCUGCAACCAUUUCUGCUUGCGAGAAGGCGACUCAAUGGACAGCUGCUGGCAACCUGCUUCAGAGGUUGCUGGCGUCCCGCGCUGAAGUGGACGCCUUCUCCUGUAGCGCCACGAUGGCAGCUUGUUCCAGGGCAAGGGAGUGGCAAGCUGCGCUUCAGAUCCUUGACGGGAUGGACCACUGGAAGGUCACCAAGGACGCAGUGUGCUACACAGCGGCCAUCUCUGCCUGCGCGAGCUCCAGUCAGUGGCAAGCGGCAUUGACUCUGCUGGAGCUUAUGCGGCUCGAUGUGACAGCUGAGCAGUUUGCCUACAGCGCUGCGUUGAGCGCAUGCGAAGCGGUGGGAAACUGGCAGCAGGCCGUGUCCUUGCUGUGGAAGAUGCGGCAAGAGGAGCUGGCUCCGGAUGGCAUGCACCUAGGUUCGGCCGUCGCCACCACCUUCCACAGCCUGGGGCGGGCAGCUGCCGCAGAGCUGCUGAAAGCCUUCCGGCGGGAGCUGCCCUCAUCGCAGAUCUCGCAGAUCUCGAGCGCAGCUGCGGGUGUGGCACACAUGGUGCUCAAAGAGUCCCCGGGGCUGGUGGUGCUGAACAAACCUGCUGGAGUGCUGACAGAAGACUUGUUGGCAGCUCUCGGUCGCCAUGGCCGAGUCACCACCAUCUCCCGCUUGGAUGCCCCGACUUCUGGGGUACUGCCGGUUGCCAUUGGUGCCAAGAACGAGCCAGCGGUCAUAUGGUUCAAGUCGCAGUUUGCGGGGCGCCUGGCAAAGAAGGAGUACCUUUGCUUGUGCCACGGUCGCCAUGGUCGUGGCCUGGUGGGCGACUGCGUCUCAUCCCCGCUCCGGCAGGUGCCGGGAGAACCACGAACAGAGAUAAGCAGGGAAGGCCGUGAAGCUGUGACUUACUACGAGAUGCUGGCGGAAUACUUGCCGUGCGAGAACGCCAGCUUGCCAGAGGAACGUCUCUUCCUGAUCCGAGCCAGGCCUCAGACGGGAAGAAUGCAUCAGAUCAGGGUGCAUAUGGCCAGCAUCGGCUUGCCUAUUGUUGGCGACCGACAAUAUGGCCGACUUCCACCUUCCUGGUGCUCACGGUUGUUCCUUCACUGUCAUCGCUUGGAGUUGAUGGACUGGCACGAGCAGGAGCUUCAUGUGGAAGCCCCUCUGCCAGCGGAUCUGCAGGACCUCGCAAAUGAACUCUCCAAGCGUCAGCCGGAGGCACAGGCACAGCGCGUUCCCCAGCAGGUCAAGAGGAAGAGAAAGGUGAAGCUAAAGAAACGCGUGCAGCUGGAAGAGGACCCGCCAGAGCCAGACACUGAGGACCCAUCCCAGCAAAAUAGCUCGGCGGACAAGGACUCAAGCCCAACUCUGGGCAGGGACAAAAGCCGCGCCUUGGCUGUCACGGAGGGGGAUGUGACGGUCAUUGCUGGAAGUGAUCAAGCUCUCAACAAGCGUUUGGAGGUAGCGCGGGCGAAGCUGGAGUCUUCGCGGGAUCACUCCUUUAUGCGGAAAGUGGAGCACUUCCUGCGGAUCGUGCUGGGCCGUGAUGGAGAAGAUCCAGACGAGGAGACCAGCCAGGGGGACCUUCGCUGGCUGCUUUUCGAGGCCAUUGCGGCGUGCCUCAUCGCCGUGAACUCAGUACUGAUGGGAUUCGAAGUGCAGUACACAUCCAGCUCGUCAGAACCAUCGCCUGUGUUCCUUGCAGGCAGCAUCUUCUUCGGUGUCUGGUUCAUUGUGGAGGUUGCCAUCCGGUUCCAGGCGAACGGGUUCUAUACCUUCUUCACGAGUGAAGACCGCUGGUGGAAUAUAUGCGACCUCUUUCUCGUGGGCGUCAGUGUUCUGGAUGUGAUUCUGCUGCUGGUGGGUUUUGCUUCCACAGCGCUCUCCAGCAUCCGGGUGCUGAAGAUGAUCCGAGUGGUUCGCCUCUUCCGAGUCUUUCGCUUCUUCCGGCAGCUGGCAACGCUUGCUCUCAUGGUUGCGGAUUCUGUGAAACAACUCCUGUGGGCCCUCCUGAUGUUCCUCCUCAUCAUGUAUGUCUUUGCCAUCACGCUCACGAGCUCCUGUACAGAUUGGAUAAAGAUUCACAUCGACUUUUCCGAUCCUGACUGGAAGCAGAAGCUUAAGAACAGCGACAGCGAGGAGUUGAGACAGGUUCAUCGCUUCUUCGGUGACAUCCCGCGAAGUGUGUACACCCUUUUUCAGACGACCUUGGGCGGCAUCAGUUGGUACGAAGUGACGGAUGCCCUGUUGAGUGUGGACAUCAUAUCUUUCUGCCUGAUGUUUGCUUACAUCAUUUUCACAAUUCUGGCCUUGCUGAAUGUCUUCACAGGCGUCUUUGUGGACAACGCAGUGCAAAAUUCCAAGAAGCAGCGGCAGAUUCAGAUUGAAGAAACGCUCGAAAAGAAGAGGAUGGGCCUUGAUCAGAUCAUCGAGUUUUUUGUCGCCACAGACUUGAAUGGUGAUGGAACAAUCAGCCUGGCAGAAAUCCAACAUCUGCUGCAAGAUCCUGUCAUGAAUGCGUACUUUGACAUCAUUGGGUUCAGACCUGGCGAUGCCCAGAUGUUGGCUGAUUUGCUGGAUCGUGAUGGCUCUGGGGGAAUCACGUUGAGUGAAUUCAUAAAUGGCUGUGAGCGAAUGAAAGGCCAGGCCAAAGGGAUUGACGUGCAUCUCCUCUUGACGGAGUGCAUACAGAUUCACGAGAAGGUUGACCGGCUUGCUGCAGAUUUUCACGGAGUUCCCUAUGAUUGCUUACAGGGAAAGCGACGCAAAACCCUGACAGUUGUGGGAUGA